CGCCUGUCAAACCGCAAGAAAAGGACUGCUCAACAAACAUGGCACAAAGUCUGCUUUGCCGAGUUGGUCGUGUAGUUCAAGCAGUCAGGUGGAAUUCACGUGUUACCACUCGGACGCUUUCUGCAUCAGCACAAGAAGAGCCGCUGACGCUUAAAGAAGAACAGGACGGAAUCAGGAGAAUAAUUCUGAACAACCCCAAGAAGAGAAAUGCCUUGUCCCUGGCCAUGCUUGCGUCACUGCGUGACAACAUCCUCACUGGAGUGGACAGCGAUGACCUCAGGGUCAUCAUCAUAUCAGCUCGAGGCCCAGUGUUUUCCUCUGGUCAUGACCUGAAAGAGCUGACGUCGGUCCAAGGCAGAGAGUAUCACACCAAAGUGUUUCAUGCCUGUUCUGAGGUCAUGACCCUCAUCCAAGACAUUCCGGUGCCCGUCAUCGCCAUGGUGAACGGGGUUGCCACGGCUGCAGGGUGCCAGCUGGUGGCCAGUUGUGACAUUGCCGUGGCGACGGAGAAGUCCACCUUUGCUACGCCGGGGAUUAACGUGGGGCUGUUCUGCUCCACCCCUGGAGUGGCCAUCGGCCGAGCGGUACCCAGGAAGGUCGCCAUGGAGAUGCUGUUGACGGGUCAGCCGGUGUCGGCGGGGGCGGCGCUGCGCCACGGCCUGGUGAGCCGCGUGGUGGCGGACGAGGCGGAGCUGGAGGAGGCGGCGCGCUCCAUGGCGCUGCGCGUGUGCGAGGCCAGCCGGCCGGUGGUGGCGCUGGGCAAGGCGGCGUUCCAGAGGCAGAUGGCACAGGGGCGCGACGCCGCCUACGCCACGGCCUCCGCCGUCAUGGUGGACAACCUGGCGCUGCGCGACGGCCAGGAGGGCAUCAGGGCCUUCCUGGAGAAACGGAAGCCCACGUGGACACACGGCACCGAGAAGGCUCAUAAGUGAGGGCAGGGUGUGUGUGUGUGUGUAGGUGUGUGUGUGUGUGUGUGUGUGUGUGUGUGUAGGGCCACAAGUGGUGGGGGGGGGUGCCCUAUCAGAAUAUGUUUGUGUGCCUUAUCAGAAUAUGUGUGUGUGCGUGUGAAGGGCCAUAAGGGUGUGUGUGUGU